GUUCUCACACAAAUCAAAACACGUGGGUCUCCAAUCUGCAUCAUAAGUCAUAACAGAACAACGGUGAAUGAAUUUGACGCUUUUCACAACCAGAGCGUUUGACUUCUGCUGGAUGUAACGGGAGAAUCUCCAACCUUGGUCACCAUGUCCUCGUCCGUCUUGGCGGGCAACACCUUUCACCCCGGAUAUCUGGAGGUGUUACUCACGGGUGAGUCUAGUGGCCAGUUGUGGAACCUGGCAGCUUGGGAUCCUCAAUCUGGAAGCACUUUGACCACCUACAAGGGCGCGUCCAGUGCUCCGCGCACCUUUACCGCGCUGGCAGACACCAUGCUCGUCUCAGCCCAGGCCAAUAAACCGCUUUUGAACGUGUGGAUGGCCAAUCGACACGAGCAGCAACCCCAAAAGAUCACCACGCCCGGUCCGCUCAACGCCCUCACCGCUAUUCCCUCUGGGCAAUUUCUCAUCGGAGGGGCGGGCGACAAGAUCUACGUAUGGCAAACGUCCACUGGACGAAUUCAUCGCGUGUUAGCCUCGCAUUACCAAGCCAUCACGUGUCUGGCCACCACUUCGGAUGGAUCGCAUUUCGUGUCUGCCGGUCGGGAUGGCAACGUAUUGGUGUGGAGUCUCUUGACCGUGGUCAGCUCGCGACGCCUACCCGGUCAGCCUCGCGAUCAGGGCAGCGCACCUCUGCCACGACACGCCUGGUCAGAUCAUAAACUAGCCGUCACCGAUCUCCACGUGACGGUUCACGGGAUUCGUGCCCGCGUUUUCACGGCUUCGUUAGAUCGCACAGCCAAAGUGUAUUGUCUGUUGAGUGGUCACUUAUUGCUGGACGUGUCAUUUGCGACGCCUUUGAGUUCGGUCACGGUCGAUGCGGGUGAAGUCAACGUAUUUUUAGGCUCGACGGUGGGUGAUAUCCACACAUAUUCCUUAUUGGAUCCGCCUCGUGACUUGAAAGUCACUGAGGAGGUCCGAAAAGAUACCACCUUCAAGGGACAUACGGGCGCGGUCACCCAAUUGUCCGUGUCUUUGGAUGGUGUUUCAUUGGCCAGUGGUUCAGACGACGAAUCGGUACGCAUCUGGGAUAUCCAAUCCCGACAGACGGUCAAAGUCAUUGGGCAUAAGGGGAAGCUCACCCUGACCCGAUUUGUGGCGCCCAUCAAGGGUAUGUUGGAACCGGAUCUAUUCCGACCCAAUUUGAUCCUAUCGACGCUUCAGAAAACUAGCCUUGAGUCCGAUAAGGUAGAGUUCUUUACUCGCGAACGAUUUGAACCCUUGAAGAUUGAAGCUAAGGGCGCGCCUCGAUCUUCUAACGAUCUAAGUGAUCAUGUGGCCAAUGGCAGUGAUGGUGCUCAAGGUGAAGCGAGCACUGAUGAUGUGGAAAAACUAAAACGGAUCAAUCAAGAAUUAUACCAAUUCGCUUUGAAGCAGCUGGUGAAUUAAAGUCAUGAUUAUUCAUGUA